GUUUAGGAUCAUUGUCUGUGUGAGGAUUGGACAGGAGGAUUCGGGAGUUACUGUUGUCAGGGCAAUGAGGGUUGUGGAUUUUGCCACCUCAGCAUCAAAGGGGCUCACGGAGUCUUGUCAGUUGCGUUAUCAGUUGGAUAUCGGGCGUUCUCCGGUGUUCCUUGUGUUGGAACAGGACGUCCCGCCAUUUGUUCUGGACUGUCCGGGAGAACUGAUUGCGAGAGUUGGUGGUGCAGAUGUGGGCUUGUCAGCGUCAGUCUUGCUCAGUCAGUUGCAUGAUGCACAUGUUGGGCUUCAGUAAUAAGAAGGCGUCAUGUAUCUCUUAUGUCCUAUAUUCUGCUUGUUUUCCUUAAACUAUGGUGAAAGUGCUAAUUAUUUUAUAUUGGGUGUGUCAGAGUAAUACAAACAAUCAAACAGUAAAUAUGAGAAACGAUACUAUUCCCUCAUCGACUGUAUUAAGUGUGUUAGAAUAAUGCAAACAGUUUGACAGUGCCUAUGAGCAAAAGGUACUUCUCCUUCAAGGUGGAUCAUCUGCACAGGUGGGCAUUCAUGAAAACACGAUGGUUGCAAGAUCACAAAUGUACUCCCCCACUUAGGUACGGGGGUGUCUCGCAUUACCCUAAGUCUCACAUUACUGAAGCCUCCCCCUACAACCAAGCGUACAGACAAUUUCAAAUGAAAAGCAAGGAUUAAAAUCAAUGUUUGACACCUUGCAUUCUUAGGACAUAUUGUGACAUAUUAACCAUUUCUACUUUUGAAUAUGCACUGGCAGUAACACAUGCAGACUGACAGUGGCAAACCACAGUUUAAAUAUGAACCGAGGGAUCAUUUUGCAUCCAAUCACAUUAAAGCAUUCAAUACAAACCCCAAAUCAUCCCUGUUAAUUAAGCACAUAUUCCUGUAUAUGUUUAACCACGAAUCCAUCUGUGAGUGGUGCACAGUUGGUCGACCAAAGAAGAGCUUCAGACAUGCAGGAGAUGAGUUCCCAUGUGCAAACUGCGCGGCCGUCCCAGAUGACGGACCUAACGGAACGAGCGGCUCGCAUUAAGCAGAAGCUGGAGCAGGGAGUGAAGAAACCAUAUAAGGAUGUAAUAGAUGUCUCCUGGGGGGACCCUCAGAGGGCUGGCAUGAAACCUCUCUCCUUUGUCAGACAGGUGCUAGCUGCUUGUUUUUACCCACAACUCCUGGACGGUGACAACCUGCCCUUGGAUGUCAAGCGACGAGCGCAGGAGCUGCUCUGGUGUUGUGAUGGCGGCAGUGUAGGCUCAUAUACGAACACUCCGGGGAUUUCCGAAAUAGUGGAGAGCAUUGCUGAGUUCUUAACCAGACGAGAUGGCAUUCCAGCUGAUCCUGGCAACAUCUGGAUCCAUCCUGGUUCACAGAUGUCACUCAUGAAGAUCCUGUCGCUGCUAGUGCACAGUGAGGCAUCCCCCAAGAGCGGCGUGCUCAUGCCGGUGCCGGGACACACAACAACCCCCUUGUCUGUAGAAACCCUGGGGGGCGUGGUGGUCCCCUACUUCCUCGAUGAGGAGUGCGGCUGGGAGAUAGGGGUGGAUGAACUGCGACGCGCGCUGGACUCAGCCCGGGGCGUGUGCCAACCCGUCGCUUUAUACGUCAUCAAUCCAGGAAACCCCUCGGGUCACGUUCAGAGUAGGAAGUCGAUGGAGGAGGUCAUCAGGUUUGUUGCAGAGAACAAACUCUUUCUUCUUGCUGAUGAGGUGUACCAGAGCAGCAUUUAUGACGCUGAGAGGGAGUUUGUGUCCUACAAGAAGCUUCUGUGGGAGCUGGGACCUCCUCUGUCCCACACGCUGGAGCUGGCCUCCUUCCACUCUGCAUCCAAAGGCCUCCUGGGAGAGUGUGGUCUUCGAGGAGGAUACGUGGAGCUACUCAACAUAGACCCUGCCGUCAUGCCAUACGUCCAGCAGAGCUUCCAUAUGGUCACAUGUUCUCCCGUCUACGGGCAAAUUGCUCUGGCACUCAUGGCCAAGCCCCCACAGCCGGGAGAUCCAUCGUACCCGCUUUAUAAACACGAAACUGAGUGCGCGAGGAGCACGCUGCUUGACAACGUGAAGCGAGUUCAUCAGGUUUUGAAUAGUCUGCCUGCAAUCAGGUGCCAGCCAGUGCAAGGAGGAGCCUUUGCCUUCCCUAGACUGCUUCUGACACCGAAAGCCAUUAGCAAAGCUAAGGAAGUGGGCAUGCAACCAGACACAUUCUACUGUGUCGGACUGCUGGAAGAAACUGGAUUAUUUGUGAGUCCAGGAUCUGAGUAUGGACAAAAAGAAGGCACCUACCACAUCAGGAUUUGCAUUAUGACUUCUGCUGACAUCAUGGAAGAACUACUGAGACGCCUCAGCGCUUUUCACUUACAGUUCAUGAAGGAUUUUGAAUAAAUCAAAGACUUUUCACGAACAACAUUUUUUAACCAAUGACAAUCAUUAUCUGUUGUCAUCUUGUGAGAGCUGGUGUCAAUGACAAAUCUCUGAAUCUGAAUCAUUUUUGCCUGAUUGAACCCUUCAUGGUUAUUGUCUUCUAGUUAUAAAAGUGGAAAUAAACCAACCAAUACAAAAUUGUAAAUUUACAAGUAAAAUCCAAAAAAGAAGGGGGUAAAAAUCCUUGCAAACUAUAGUUUUAAAUUAUUUUAUUGUGUUUCAUGAUCAAUCUUAUGUACAGCACUUUGAUACAACUGUGGUUCUUUUUAAAGUGUUUCAUAAAUAAAAUUGAGGGUUGAAUUUUCAUUCAGUUUAACUGAUAUGAAAAUAUUUAUACACGAAG